AUGAGGGCGGGCGAACGAGCGACACCGACGAGGAUACAAGACUAGCUGCCUACACGGAAGAAGAGAUGGAUCAUGGAAGUGAGAUGACUUUGGUUGAACAGCGCUCUUUCAUCGCUCAAUCAUUGGAGCAAAGGCUUCAUAGUGGAGCAGCUUCGGACGAGGAAAAGUCUUUCAUUGACAAAGCUUUGAAACAGAGGCGCGGCAUUGAACAGCGAUGGGAGAAGCUCAAACAAAACCGCGAAAAGCAGCGCCGCUACUAUAUUGCCACGGGGAAAAUGCAAGAUCCGGAGAAACCUAGGAGACUUGAAGAUGCUAUCACACUUGUUGGAGAGUGUCAGGAUAUGUGCCCGGAAUACGAGCGAGUUCAGCGGAUCUACCAGAACGAUGUCUGGGCUCACGAGAACGAACCGAUGAGCUUGACCUUUACCCGGCCUGCGCGAAUAUUCGACGAGUACCGCAUGGUCAAGAAGUUCAGGCGAUCGGCUGCUGGCAACGAAGAACAGCUACCGUCCGACCUUCGCCCGCCUACGGUCCUCAAGCAGACACUCGACUACCUAUUUGCCGGGCUUCUCCAUGACUUCAAGUUGAGAGAUGUACAGACCUUUAUCUGGGACAGGACUCGCGCCAUCCGAAAUGACUUUUCUAUCCAGCAAGUCACGAGGGACGAAGAUGUCAAGAUCGCUAUCGAAUGCUUUGAACAGAUUGUUCGAUUUCAUAUUUUGUCGAUGCACGAGAUGUCAGCCCCGGACAUAGACGUUCCAGACUACUCUUGGGCUCAGGACUACGAACAAAUGGACAAGACGCUGCUGUCACUAGAUGCCUACUAUAGCGACAAUCGGGACAAAAAAUAUCAGUCUCCACACGAAGCUGAGUUCCGCGCCUACCAGGUCAUCUUAUGCCUGAAGAGUCCGGUACCCAACAUCGAGGAUGUGAUCUCGAGGUGGCCUCCCCACAUCGUCAAUGACAAGAGAAUCAGAAAAGCCGUCGAAAUCUACAAUGCCGGACUGAAAGGCACCAAGAAGAUUGGCCCGCUACAACCCUCCAGGACGCCCUCUUUCGCACGCGAUGACUGGGCAGACUUCUGGUCAGGGCUCAACUCCGACUCGUACUCGUUCCUAAUGGUAGCUACCGCAGAGAUCUGCGCCAUGCCAAUUCGGGAUAUGGUCCUAAAGUCUUUCGUCAAAGGGUUUAAGCAGGGCGGAAAGAAGCGGCUGGAAGAUUGGACGCUCGAAGAGAUGGGGAAGAUCCUGGGAUUCGAGGACUUGAGACAGACUCGGGCGCUCUGCCUGAAAUACGGAUUCAAGAUCUGUAAGACUGCUGAUGGUACUUCAGAGUUUGUCGACCCAUCUUCUAUCGGAACCCGGCCACUGGAAACUCCAGACGGGCUUCCAAGUCAGAUGCAGGGGAGGCAAGCUGGUAGGAGGAGGGAGUUGAGGAAGGCGUCAGCUAUCAUACAGGGUUUGUCGGUCCUUGAAGCGCAGAGAUCCAAUUUAAUAAUUCAUUCGGAACAUGUACUAACAGAGAAUAUAGAUGAAGAAGUUUUGCCCGAAGACAAGCCGCUGUUCGUUGCCUCAGACGAAGAGUCUGACGGAGCCGAGUCUGAGCCUAUCGUACAACGACGAAGCUCCGCAGAGAAGAAUAAAUAUGAUAGAUUUAUAGCAGGAGC